CAAGAAUUGUGCAAGCACAGAAUUAUAACUUGAGCUGACAAUUACAAUUUUUGCAAAAACAUGCAAUAACAGUACGACCUUGAAAGCAAAUCUUUUUUCCACAUUUUACCGCUUUACCUUUUUUAUCUUUUUUGAUCGCGGAUUCGUGAAAUCUGACUUUUUUUUAAUUGUCGUGCUCGAAUAGCUUUUCACUGCCGAUUUUAAAUUACGCGGACUGGCCGUUGUAUCUCGAAAAUAUUUAUCUAGAAGAGCUUCUGAAUGAAUGCGGAUUGUCUAAUAAUCGACAAGCGGCAUUAACAGCCUGCUAGUAACCAAACAUAUAGUAGCUGGCACAAGAUAGAACCCUUACGUUUCUCCUGCAUGCCAUGUCUCAUGGAAAGAAGAGAAACGCGGAGUGGAGGAACAGAGAUCGGUACAUAGCAUACGGCAAAGUUGGUGGUGCACGGGCUAGUAAUUAUUCUCUAUGCAGCAGCAUGCCUCAUAUUAUCUCUUGAUUGCUCAGGGUGUGGCCCCUGAGGAUAUCCAAAAAAGGUGGAUAUUCUGUAAAAAAUGGCCAAAAGCGUGGUGGUCAUACUUGAAUGUGCCAUCUUGCGAAAAUUGUAGCCGAGACAAAAAUCUCUUACUUUGCGUCGGUGUUCUACAAAAAUUACUCAGACUCAUACAAUCCAUAGAGCAGGAGAUCGAUCCAGACGACAGUGUAACGACGGCACCUGUUGUGCCCACUGCAUUGGGGUGCUAUCACUACUGAAGCUGCAAAUUCGUCAGGCGGAAUCGUAGCAUUCGCAGCAACGGUCUCUAGCUAUAGUCUUUUACGAGAACAGGAUAAUAGUCACGUUAUCACUUCCAGCGGGUCGGUGAAUUAUCUCAAGUUCCACAAAAAAGCAAUUAUUUCUAUU